AUGUCCCUCGUUCUGUUGUCCCUCGUCCUCGGCUUCGGCCUGCGGGUUUUCCUGCUCUCCCUGGGCAUCCCAUUUGGAUCAGCGGCAUUCAUUGGGGUGUUUGAAGGAGUGGGCCUCUAUCGCACACUUUUAACAGAGCCCUUGGUCGACUCUCUUCUGCUCUGUGGCCUACGACUAGGCUUUGAUCUUGUUUUCACGACUCUCCAUGCACUUACGCUGCUUUCAACACUUGCCCUCUCAUUCGUCCUCUCCGAUACUGCCAGUAGGACACAGCCCGAGGAUGUACGCCGCAUUCGGCGAAGGACAUUGCGCUAUUUGCGUUCACUGGGCCAGACUGUCGUGGAGUCGGACUACUGGAAGAAAAGGAAAUCGGUGACGAUUGAAGACGCGGCGGAUGAUGUGUCAGACGACGAUGAAGAACUUGACCAACCACCCGUGGCCAGUCCUCGCAGCCCAAGAAGUCCUCGAGUUUCGCGGAGUUCCCGUUCAACUCGCCCUGCCAUACCUGCGCUGCAGGUAGCAGCAGCCCCCUCCAAUGUUAGUCACGGGGAUGAGCUGUUAACGCCAAGUUCACUGGCAGCUUCUUACACGAAUCGAUCGCCACCCAUCUUCAAUCUCCCCGACGAUGAUAUAAUCGAAGAGGAGAGCGACGAACUCCAAACACCAUUAGAGCUCAACAUCGUUGGCCUCCCCCCAGCCAACAACAUAACCAUCUCCCUUGUUCGGGAGCCCUCUGACGAGCACCUCGAGACCGCUGCUCUCCGGGAACCUCCUCCCAUACCACCAGAGCCAGAUGUUCUGUCACCGGGGACCGAGUUUAGCGAGCUUUCCAACGUCGAAGCCAAGGCAAUAUUUGCCAACGCCGAGAAUAUGCGCAAGGAAGCGCGCGACACAGAAGAGGAAAAGCGGAAGUUGGAUCUACAACUGAAGAAGGCCGUGAAGGAAAAGCGUACUAAAGACGCUUUUCUGUUACGGCGCGAUAUUGAGUUGUUGGAAGAAAAGAUCAAGAAACUGCAUGCAGGUGCUGCUCGUCGGUAUUACCGCUCUGGGAAUCUCUCCGGUUCAGACGACGUUCCUGUCGAUGUCCAUGGACUUUUCAUACCAGAAGCUGUUAAAAUCGUCGAAACUGCCCUACACGAGGCUCUCAAGGCUGGUCGGAGCGAAAUCAAGGUUAUCGUAGGCAAAGGAAAGCAUUCAAAGGAUGGAAAGGCCAAGCUGCGGCCAGCUAUCAUGGAAGAAAUGGAGAAACAAGGAAUCGUUUGCCGUGUUCAAGACAACAACACUGGAAUGCUUGUCUUAACAGUUCCUUCAUGA